GCGCAUUGCUCGCUCGACCUCGGCAACACUCGAGCACGCUCGUCAUUGCUCGGGCGCCUCCGGCGGCGAAUGGUGGGGCGAGCAGUGUAUCCGUGACGUCACAUAAUUAGAGUAAAUACAAAGUAGUCUUGAUGGGACAGCGGCGUGCGCCGCACCGUGAGUCGCUGGUCCGCGCGCGUCAAACCUAUAUCGUUUCGAUACACGCACACCGCGUUUGUGUAGCUCGUGAUAUAUUGCGCUAUGUGCCGUCAGUGUGUGUGUACCAAAGGAUCCUAGAUGACUGUGGGAAUAGUAAGUGACACUCGUGCAGCAAAGAAAUGGAAAAGAUAGAGUUAUUGGGCGGUGCUUGCUUCAGCCAUGGCCCGUACACGUUCUACAAAGCGGUUAGAAUAGGAAAUGGUCGUGUACUUCGUCUUGGAAGCUUCUUCCUCACGAAACUGUGGAGUGAUGCCGAUCUCGUCAGCAUCGGGGAGCUUCAGCUGUUGUGGAUGGACAGCCGGGGACCGAAUCAACCUCUGGCAUCGUUGCGGUUGUACUUCUUGCCGGAGAACACCCCGGAUGGCCGAAGGGACACGCAUGGAGAGGACGAAGUGCUGACAAUAUCUGAAAAGGUUGUGGUGCGUGUUCAUGAUCUCGUUACGUGGUUAUCGCCUGCAUUGGAAUGGUCAUGGGGUCGGGAAGUAUCUUACCCACCGACCCCAACGUCGUCUCCGGAGAAUAGCCCGUUAAGGUAUGAGAUACCUCAACCGCAGGUGCUCACCGAUCCUGGCAUUGAUUUUUCGGACGUCGAUAAGCAACAGAAGGAGUACGAAAGCAAUCACAACACGCGAAAAUCGGACUAUAGUUCUCAAACGAAAGUGGUGGUGCUCUCGUAUCCCAGGUAUUGCCGAUAUCGAGCACUCUUACGUAGGCUCGAAGGCGCCGAACCGUCCUGGCUUUGCUCAUCCAUAGCAGCCGCACUGGGUGGAUUCACCGCCACACCGGGUACAAGGAUACUCUUCUGUAGAGAUACCUUUGACUAUCCGGAUCUUGAAACUCACGAGCUCCUCUGCAAUCAUUUAGCACCAAAAUUGAAAGGAAGGCCGAGGAGGAAACGCAAAAAGCGCAGCGCAUCGCCCGGUGAAUCGAGUAAUGAAAGUGAAGCUUCCGUUGCAUCCACGUCGAAAAGUGCCCCAGCGAGUUCGAACGUUAUGGUACCGAGCGUUGGUAGGCCACCUUCGUCGGUAGUACGGCGAAGCGAGCGGAAGACCAGCGCGGAGGAAAAGAAAUUCAUAACGGACGUGCAGAAUUUCAUGAACUCGCGGGGUACGCCUGUCGGAAAGAUGCCACUGCUGGGCUACAGGCAGAUCGAUCUCUUCCUGUUUUAUACGAAAGUGCAAAUGCUUGGUGGUUAUGAUUCCGUCAGCGCUGGCCGACUGUGGAAGAAUAUCUACGACGAUAUAGGUGGUAAUACAGGAUCUACCAGCGCCGCGACUAUCACUCGACGGCAUUACGAAAGGUUAUUGUUACCAUAUGAGAGGUAUCAAAGAGGCGAGGAAGAAAAAAUUAGACUGACACACGGAAGACGAAGUAAAAGUAGCAGCGUAUCCGAAGAAUCCGAGGACAUUAAGCAAGAAACGAACGAUUCAUAUCCAUCGGAUACGCCUCCCCCCGUAGAAACGAGUCUUACCACCACGAGCCCUCCCUUACAAUCAAUCGUAUCGACAGCGCCGUUCCUGUCGAAUGAAAAACCCAAAACAGAGACUGGAAAGACGUCGUCUCUACGUAGCGUAAGAGUGAAGCCGGAACGUCUGAAAUCAUUAAAUACCAUGAUUGCCAAUAGUACACCAUCACCCAGCCAGCAAACCAGCCAACUGCCAAGUCCACCACCUUCUUCUAAUACAUCAAUUUCAACGCCGAGUAGUACACCUUCUACCACACCCACGAAUGGUACUGGAAGUCAGAGCGUGUUAGAGAGGCAGCUGAACAGCCCUCUCAUAUCGCAACAAGUUCCACCGUCGUGUUCGCCACCGGGUCUUCCGGUAACCACAGUGGUGACGAAUGCCUCUACAGUUGUUACGUUAACGCCUCCGCCCGAGAAGGACAUGAAAGAGAUCAAAUUGGACCCGAAGCAAACAAGCUUGCUGGCGCAGGGCAAGGAGAACAUCCCGUUGUUCGGCGAAAAGUCAAUUUUUGCGGAGAAGGCUAUAGUGCCUCCUAGAUCGCCGGAGGUGAUCGAUCUUGAAACGGAAAGCGACACGAGUAGGGAUAAGAUAAUCAUUCCCAGCUUCAAGAAGCGCAAACUUGAAAUACUCCGCGAAGGUGGGCUCGAGGUCACUGCCGUCGACUUGGAUACGCGACCGAGCGUUAUUCAAAACAAUUCUCCCGCGCCAGCAACGAUGAAAUCGGAGGAAAAGCCACCGAUAUCGUAUCCUCUUCCAGUCACGCCCAAUUCCAUUCCCAAGUUGAUUUCCGUCACCGUGACGCCCGACAUAGGGCACAUGUUGUCGUCCCCCCAAGAACAUCAGCAACAUCAUCAUCAUCAAGCACGGUUACCAACGCCGACGAAACAACAUCCCGCCCAUUACAAUAACAACAACAACAUCGCAAUGAACAACAACAAUAUGGUGAACAGUCGUGUGAUAAAUCUUGGCACUUCUAAUAACGCCGCGUUGCUACAAUUGUACGCGAACGCCAACGUCCCACCACCGGCAUCGUCGGGGUUGCAUCAAGCAAAUCAUCGUUUCGUGCCGCCAACUGUUCCUAACGGUAGGAUAUUUCCGCCCAAGGUGACACAGUCGAGGUCGAUAUUCGCACACAACGAAAAGACGGUUUACGGAGAUCCAAAAGAAAUUCCUAUCCCUCCAAAAUAUCGUCCCUCGCUGCAUCGUUUGCAGCCGCAUCCGAUGUAUAGUAAUAACGAUCCCGUUUACGGCGGGGUUCUCGACUUGACGCAAAAAUCUAACAAGCCGACGUACCCGAGGCCGAGCUUAGAAAUAGUGAAAGUACCUGUAGUGCCGAGGCCUAAUCCAUUGAACUUGGAGAUGAGGAACUCGUCCACGCAUAAAGAAAAACCAACAGAUUGUUCGAAACGAAGUACCUUCCCUGGUUAUCAGAGUGUACUCGACAGUCGAACCAUGGCUUCGAAUAAUUUAGAAAUUACAAUCGUAAAUCCUAAGCAAAAGAGUAAUCACCUAUGUACACCGGCUCCUGUCCGCGUACCGAGUCCAUCUAGAAAUAAUGCAAUACCUAUGCAAAGAAGACAGCAAUUGAACGGCAAGUAUAUGACAAGGAGUGAACCAAUUUCACCUUAUACACCUAGGAAACCGAGUCAUCCUGUUAUACCGAAUGUACCUAAUCUAAAUCAUCUAAAUAGUGGAAAUUAUACCAGGAUGGCUACGAUCCAACAACAAAACACGAUCGAUAGGAGAAAAAACGUAGAGAUAGGCGGUAAGGAGCAGCAUCACCAUCAUCAUCAGCAUCAUCAACACCAGCAGCAUCACCUUCAUCAACAGCAACAUUUGCAUCCGCAUCCUCAUCAACAUCAACAGCAUCAACAACAACCGCAUCAACAACAUCAGCACCAACAUCACCAACAUCAGCAGCAACAGCGUCGGAUCAGCGAGGGCGAUAAAUCGUUAAUCGCUCAACAACACCAGCAGCAGCAGCAGCAGCAACAACAACAGCAGCAGCAGCAGCAACAGCAACAACAACAACAACAACAGGAACCAAGGCAAACCGAAGCUGGAAGAAGACACAGUGUUCCGAGUAUACCUUCUGGUUUCGUACCUGCAGUGCCGCAAAACAAUCCAGCUUACCUUCCGCAACUGCCAAAUACGCCCGGCAAGUUCCUACCGAUUUUAGACCCCAUGUACUAUUCCGCAUUCUAUAAUGGUUUAUUCCCCCCGCCGAUUCCGCCCACGGCUGCAACGUCGUUUUUACCGCCGGAAUUUAGUGCAUACUAUAAAGAAUUACUUGCUUCCUCGCAACCAAGACUGGGGAUGGCGGGGCAGCACCAGCCGGCUGCUCCAACGUCUAAGUAGGCAAAUGGGAUCUCAUAUAGGGUUUCCGAUGUGUAGCGAACGUCGGUUUCAUUUCUAAGGACAAAGAUCCGUCGGAUUCCUCGCUUCGAAUUCUAUUUUCAUUGAAAUUACUCGGGAGGACUUCCUCGUAUGUGUCAAUAAAUAAAGACAUUCAAGCGGAAAAAAAAAAAAAGGAAAAUUAAUCACUGAUAAUAGGGGGAAAAAAAAAAUGUGUAUUUAAGUUAUCGUUUUAAGGAUUUUUCGAUGAUCAUUUAAAUAUACUGUAUUUGAAUACCAUUCUAAAUAUUCUAAUGAGGGUAGGUAGGAAUGAAGACGGAAGUUUUUUCGUUCGAAUUAUAUAAUAAAACGAGAAGAAGUGACUAUCAACGUUCGAACGUGGACGAGUAAAAAUAUAUGGAUACAGUAAACUAGGUGUGUACUACAUGCAUAUAUCAUGCAAUAAAUUAGGUAAUAAUUUUUAUAUGUAACAAUAAUAACGAGAUAACUUCAUUGUAAAUGGAAAUCGAUGAAACGAUGUUUCGGUCUUAUUUUAAUUUUUAUAUAUAUAAUAAUCGAGAGAAUAUUCGAUAUUAAUUAAGGGGGAAAAAAAAAACGAGCGUACUAAAACACUGUGAUAACGAUUAAAAAAAAAAAAAGGAAAAAAAAGAGAAAUGCUGAAACUCAUAUUAGGAACGAAUGAAUGCAGUUGACUCUUUUUCAUACGAUAAUACGAUUUUUUUUCUACGUUUAUUCUUCGCAAAGUUUAAGUGUAUAACCACUACUACAAGUGUCGAGUGUUAGGAGUAAUCUAAUAAAUCAAGAAGUUCGAGUACUAGUUUUAUUUUCUUUUUUCAUUAUUUUAUAUAUUGUUUUUGUAAAAUGUACAUUUUUCGAGAGAUUAAUAAUUUGAUUGUUCAUCAUAAGUCCGAAUUCCUUUAUUUCGAACGUGCGAUGUGAUAACUAAAUAAAUAUAUAAAUAAUUAUAAAGAAAUAUAUAUAUAAAAUAUAUAUAUAUAUAUACAUAUACAUAUAUAUAUAAAUAUAUAUACGUAUACACGUACAUACGUGUAUAUGCGAGAUCUUUAAACCGACGGAUCGUCAAGAAUGUAUAAUUGUUUAUUGUAUAACGACAAAUCUUACGUAGUAACGAUCGCGAGAACCCUAUUCUACUGUGUAAGUUUAGACAAUUUUCAUUGUAUUGACACAUACAUACCAAUCACCAUACACAUACACGCAACACUGAUCUGUAGUCAACUCUAACAAAUAAGUGCACGUAAGCGAUGAUUAUAGCAACGAGAUAAUGUACAUAAUGUAUAUAAUCACGUAUUCGUUAAGCUAGAUAAAUUCCCUGCAUUAUAUCUUUCAACAUUACGUAAGAGCGUUAAGAUUUAGUAAAUGUACAGGCUGUCUUAUUUGUGUGGCCAACGAUAGUCGUAUCGCUACAUAUAUACAUAUGUAUGUAUAUUCUUAUUAGGGUGCAACGCAAUAUUUUACAGAAUAAUUCUAGAAAAUUUCUUGUACAUUGAACACAUAUACGGAAGAAAAAGAAAAAAGAAAGAAAUGAAUGAAAAUAAGCGCGGAUAAUAAAAAAAUCUUUUCAUUUUCGUGUACGACGUAUAUACGUAUAUACAUAUAUAUGCUCGUAAAUAACAAACAGAAAGAAAUAGAAAAGAGAAAGAAUGCGAAUCGUACAUUGGUUUCAAUUAAAAUAGCACCAUCGUAAUAAUUGACUGAUUAAAUAAACGCGAUCGCUGCCGAGGAACGAUCGAACAUCGCGGGCCACCAACGUUUUGAGGAACGGAAGAAUAAAAAGAAGUACCGAUGGUAUAUCCAUGUUAAAUGUAGACAUAUUGAUAGAAUUUGUUCGUUUUAGGAUACUCUGAUAAAGGAAAAAAAAAAUAACAAAAAAUAAACAAUAUCAGAUUAACGUUAAAAAACAUUCGUAACCCUAAAACGUACAAUAAUGUAAAUGGUCCUCACCAUGGACUAUUCUAGCAAAAAAAAAAAAAAAAAUCAGAUUUCUAUAUCGAUGUCUUUCAACAAUAAGUUGUUCAUGUUUGGAAGUUCUUUUACGAAACAAGAGCGAAAUGAUGAACGUCGUUGCAACUUAGGAUCGCGGUUUUUCGAAAGGUCUUCGAGUUAAGCCCGACGUAUUGAAAAUCAUAUAAAGCUUUUAUUUCUUUUUGUUUCAAUCGAUAAUCAUAAUAAUGCAGAAAGGAGCAUGAAUUAUUUCUUUUUUUUUUUUUUCUCACGAUGAAUAAUUUUGUUUUUAUGAGAUAUGCCUCGAGAUGCUUCUCUUGUUCCAAUGGUGCUAUGUUGCGAAGUAUUUCUAAAAAAAAGUCUUAGUUUUUUUUUUUUUUCUUUUUUGAAAAUUUAUUAAGGAAAAAAUAUCGUCGGGAACCAACGAGAUCGUUGACGUAUUGUGAAAGAAAUACGAUCUAAGACAGACCUUCUUCACGUCCAAGUCUGAUAAACCGUAUUCGAAGGUAAAAAAGACUUCUGAUUUCAAUGUGUGAGUGUAUAUCAAAAAUAGAUACGUUAUUGUUGCGAUUCAAUAUAAAUUCCGCGAAAUUAAUUAAACAAUAACUGAAAACAAAGAAUGGAAGAAAUAAAAUAUGACGAAGAGGAAAAUUUUCUUUUUCUCGUAAUGAAGAUUAAAAUAAUAAUAAAAAAAAAAAAAAAAAAGAAAAGAGGAAGGGCUUGUACGAGAAUACGUGCCAUAAAACUGCUUAGAUAGUGACUUUCAAAAUCGAACGAUAACGACGAUCGUUUGUAUGUGCUUUUAACGAGCCCUUUAUCAAUUAGAGAGACUAUAAGAUUGUAGAAGAAAGUUUAAAGGAAAGAGAGGAAGUGCAAAAAUUCCAUAUGGAAGAUUUUAUGUAAUUAAUUUCUGUUUUGUUACCGUGGUUGUUUUAAUCUCGAAUUAUAGUGAGCGUGAGCGUUCAAGAAGAAAUUGAAAGAAUGUGCGUAUGUAUGUGAAACAAAGAAAAAAAGAAGAUAAAGAAUGAGAGAUAUCAAAUCCGCGCGAUCAGAUGUGAAUGUAUGAAUGAGAAUACAGAGAGAAAAUUAGAGAAUGAUUAAUAUUCAGAAAAAAAAAAAAGAAAGUCUAUGUUCGUUUUUUUGUUUUUCUUUUUGCGAGUUUUUUUCUUCAUUUUGUAUACUUAGCAGUGACUUUUUAGCGUAACCCUCGUUUCCCAAUUUAAUAAUAAUUAUUAUUACGAUACAAAUAUUUUUUAUUAUAUGGGCAUUUCAGUUCCUAAAUUGGAAAUAAAAUAUCUACUACGAAUGAUUUCAGUUAUUGAUAAGGCUCAAGUAAGUGAAUACGAUUCCCUUCAAAAAUUAUAUAACAUUUGAAAAUUUUAAUUUAAAACUUCAAAAUUUUUAUUUGAAUUUAUAAAAUAAAAGAAUUUUAACCUUGAA